AUGUCAGCCGCCGACGCCGGGGCGACCGCGGCGUCGAGGACGUGGCGGGUCGUGCGGUUAGCCGCGACGUACGGGUUCGUCGCGCGCGUCGUCGGCGCGCUCACGGCGUCGACGAGCGAGUUGCGUCGAACGUCAACGCCGGUGAACGAUGCGACGACGACGUCGACGACGUACGCGCCGGUGUGUCGAAACACGUUCGCGAGGCGUGAACUCGUGGAUGUGCGCGUGUGGACGACGACGGUGGCGGGUUCGGACGCGGAUGCGGAUGGAAUGACGGAGAUCCCGAGAGACGCGCCGGCGCGCGCGUGGUUCGCGCGAGGUUUGGCGGAGACGGAGCGCGACAGCACGAUCUCGAUCCCGGAGGGACAGGCGCUGCGGGUGAUUCGUGAGAACGCGACGUUGCGGUUGAUCGCGGCGGUGAGUCGGAGCGGGCGGACGAUCGAUCCAGAGGAAGAGACGUUCGACGAGCGAAACGUGUUGCUCGCGUCGAUGGAUUUGACUGUGAGACGGGAACGGAAGGUGAUCAAGCGGAGGAAACUGUUAGAGAGCGGGGAGGAAGAGACCAUGGAGGAGGAGGAGGAGGGGACCGUGAUGCAGGCGUAUUUUAAACCAAACGCGACGUUGACGCUCGUGGACGAUUUUAACGCCUAUCGGCCGGAGACCAUUCCGAACGUGCUCGCUGAGAAAAUGCGCUUCACGGACGCCGAGCGAUCGGGAUACUAUCCCACGCUGUAUUUUAACGAGUUUUGGAUGAUCAAUAGCUACCUGCAGCCAUUGAACGAGACAACGGCGAAGUCUUUGAAGCUAAAUUUUGAGUACGCAACACUGAGCCAGGUGAAGUGGCAGUUCCAGACAUCGAUGGAAAAGACGUGGGAAACGCAUAGACGUUUCGGCGUUUCGAGCGAGAGAGAUUCGGACGACUUGAAGAAGAUUUUCUUGGAGGGUAAUCCAUACCUGCUCGCGGUGACAACGGUGGUGAGUUUACUGCACACGGUUUUUGAUUUCCUCGCGUUUAAGAACGACAUUUCGUUCUGGAAGAAUCGAAAAUCAAUGGAAGGCUUGUCCUCGCGCAGCGUCGUCGUCAACGCCGUGUGUCAGGUCGUCAUCUUCAUGUACCUCUGCGACAACGAGACUUCGUGGACCAUUCUGAUUUCGUCCGGCGUCGGCACCGCGAUCGAGAUCUGGAAGGUGACUCGAGCGCUCGACGUGUCGUUCGAGAAGGGACGACUUCGUCUCAAGGACAAGGCGUCGAGCGUCAAGAGCGAGACUGCCAAGCACGACGCCGAUGCCGUGAGAUAUCUCUCGUACGUCCUAUAUCCGUGCGUGCUCGGGUACGCCGUUUACUCGCUUCGCUCGCACGAACACAAAUCUUGGUGGUCCUUUGUGCUCGGCACGGCGGUGAGCGGCGUGUACUCAUUCGGCUUCAUCGCAAUGUGUCCGCAACUGUACAUCAAUUACAAGCUGAAGUCUGUCGCCGCGAUGCCGUGGCGCCAAAUGGGGUACAAAUUCUUGAACACCAUCAUCGACGAUCUCUUCGCCUUCGUGGUGAAGAUGCCGACGCUUCACCGUCUCGCCGUCUUUCGAGACGACGUCAUCUUUCUUGCGUUUCUCUACCAGCGCCGCCUGUACAGGGUCGAUCCAAAGCGCGCGAACGAGUUCGGUUACGUCGCUGAUGUCUCGGACGAUCGUACCGAGGCUGUUGUGCCCACCGAAGACGCCGAGCGCGAUCGCGAGACGCCGGAUGAAUCGAAGAAGGACCGAUGA